AAUCUUAAAACGUUGUGUCUGCCCGCGAGAAGUCACCCUGCACUGCUUUGUAUAAAAGAGGGUUAGGCCUGCGCGUGAGAUUCUAUUAGAACAGGACGACGGAGACGCGCAUAUCUUCACCCGGGAACAGCAUAACACAGCUCAGCAUGGAGGACAGCAUGGCAUCUGAAAUGGACAUGGGGCCAGUCCGGCCACAGAACUUCUUAUUCGCCUGUGAACUGAAGGCUGGAAAAGAAUUCAGGUUUAAUCCAGAUGAAAACGGAAGUGAGCACCAGCUGUCCCUUCGAACAGUAUGCGUGGAUGGGAGCACGAAAGAUGAGCUGCAUGUAGUUGAGGUCGAGGGGUUGAACGCAGAAGGUGAACAGAUCAAAGCUACGCUGGCAGCGCUGAAACCAUCUGUCCAUCCCACAGUCUCUCUUGGUGGCUUCGAGAUCACGCCCCCUGUUGUGUUCAGAUUGAAAAAAGGCUCGGGUCCCGUCCACAUCAGCGGCCAGCAUCUUGUUGCUCUAGAUAAUGACAUGUCUUCUGAUGAAGAGGAUGAUGAUGAGGAGGAGGAGCUGGAGGAUUACAAGACUGGGAUUAAGAGGCCAGCAAACUUGCAGGCAGCUAAAAUGAUUCAGAAAAAAAUGAAAUUGGAGGUGGAUGAUGAUGAUAGAGUUAUUGAACUUGUGUAUAGUGUAGCAGUGGUUGCAUGGAGCUCAUUUAUGUGGCUCAUUCUUUGCAGGGAUGAUGAUGAUGAUGAGGAGGAGGAGGAGGAGACUCCAGUUAAGAUUAAGCCUCCACAGAAAACCCCAACAAAGGCAGCUCCCAAAGAGAAUGGCAAACUGUCCAAACCUUCAACACCAGCACAAAAACAGGAAUCUAAGACACCGGAUGGCAAAGGAAAGCAAGGUCCAAAGCCCAAGACCCCAAAGACUCCAAAAGGUCCCAUGAGUGUAUCGGAUAUAAAAGAGAAGAUGCAGUCUACCUUUAAGGGUAACCUUCCAAAAGUUGAAGCCAAAUUUGAGAACUUUGUAAAGAACUGCUUCAAAGUGGAGGACCAAAAGACAAUUCAGGAUCUUUGGAAAUGGAGACAGACACUUGUGGAGAAGAAAUAAUCUCCAUUUUAGCGCCUCCUUUUAUUUUUCUUCUAUUUCUUGGAGGUUUUUUGUCCCCGUCCUGGUCUGAAUUCUUGCUACAUCUCAAUCCGUGCCAAGGCUCCAGGUUCAAGUCUGGAUGCCUGUGGGGGAAUUUCUAUCCUGCCUUUUGCAGUUUUUUAAUUGAUACAAAUGUUUGCUUUUUUUUGAAAGAGCAGAGUCUAGGGCAGCAAUCGUUGGGUUAUUUUGCAAAAAAAAAAAGCUAAAAAUUUAAAUAAAAAUUGCAAACUAAA